AUGAGUACAUCAACACAAACAUUGAUACAGACAUCAACACACACAAGUACAACUACACAGACGCUAACAUUAACGUCAAUAUGCAUCAACAUGUUUACACAAACAUUGAGAGUAACAUUUAUUAUAACAUUAACACCAAUAAACAUUAAGGAUUUUUUUGAUAAAAGAUCCAUUUCAUUAACUUUAAUAAGCGAAGAUAAUAUUUUAGCAGUAAUUCUAAAAGAAACUGUGGAUAAUGAAGAUAAACUAUGUGAAAUAAAACUCAAAGAAAAAAAACGUGAUGAAGUGGCAGAAGUCCUUUUAAGAGCAUUAAGGGAAAAUUUGAAAGAAGGAAACAGAUAUGAAAAAAGUAUUGCUAACAAAUGCCAAGAGUUGAGUGAAGAAAGUGAUGAGCUAAUAAAAUUAGCGGAAACAAGAUGUAAAGAUUUAGAAAUGGAAACUGAUUUAUUAACUAGAAAUCAAAACAAAUCAGAAGAAACAUGCUAUUUAUUACUUGAAAAAUGUUACUUUUAUAGGCCUGCCUGUAAAAAAGAUUUGUCAAAAUGUGAUGACUUAAAGAAAGAAUGUGAGAAGAUUGAAAUUGUUUACAUAUCACCGGAUUCUGAUUUUGAUCCUACAAAAUUUGGUACAGGACUGGUAGAAAAAAUAGGUCUGAAAGAUCUUUAUGAAAAGGCAGGGGAAAAGGAAAUUUGCAUUAAAAAGCCGCCCAUAAAAGAGAAGAUAGCGCUUCUUUCAUUUUUAGUUGAUAAUAUAACUAUCCCUAGUACUAUUAAUACUAGCUUUAAAGAUAAAUGCAAAGAUCAGCUCAUGGAGAAGUGCAAAAAUUUCGAAAAACACAAGAUUCUGGGAAAUGUUUCUAAGGAAAAGAACAAUUAUGGUGUUGAAUGUGAGGAAUUCGAUAAAUACUUGAAAAAUAUUAUUGGCGCUCUUUCCUUAAUAAUUGACAAUAAGCAGCUUUUUCAAGAUCAAGAAACUGUUAGGUGGGGUAAAUUACCAAGAUUAAUUAGUGACAAUGAUUGUGCAUGGCUAAAAUCAAAUUGUUUUUAUUACCAAAAAUAUUAUAAUCUUAAUAAACGAUGUAGAAAUGCAAAAGUAGCAUGUUAUAAGAGUAGACUUGUAAAACUGGCAAAUGAAAUGUUGCAUAAGAAGAUGCAAGGAAUGUUACAAGGUUCAAAUAGAACAUGGCUUGAAAAGCUUCAAAAGAAGUUGAUAGAUGUCUGUCAAGAAUUGAUAGAAAAGAGUAAUGAAAUAUUUUUACUAUGCAUGGAACCAAAAAGAGGCGCCUUUAUACUUUUAACAGAUUUUCGAAGAGCAAUUUUUUUACGCAAAAACUUAAACAAAAAACGAGAUUUUCCAACAAAAAAAGAAUGUAGAGAAUUAGAAAAAAGUUGUGAAAUUUUAGAACAAGAUUCAAAAGAAAUUAAGUAUCCAUGUCAUACUCUAAAACAAAAUUAUGAUUGGUUGAGUAAUGCGGAGAUGUUGGAAGAAAAAUUAUUAGAAAAAAAACUAGGAAAUUUGAAAAAUGAGACAAAUUGUAAAGAGGAGAUCAAAAAGCGGUGUAAAAGAUGGUUUAGAACAGGAAAUAAUAUGUUUUUUCCAGCAUAUUCUGCCCUAAAUCUUUCAUGCAAAAAAAUUAGUGAAAAUAUUAAAUCUAAAUGUACAGCAUUAAAAAGGUCUAUGAAAAAUCAUAAUAUUGUGGAUAAUGCAACCAAUAAUAAUACAAUGGAAGAAACUUGCACAUUAUGGACUCCAUAUUGCGAUAGGUUUACACCAAGUUGUAGUGAACUUGAAGAUGGAACAGAUGAUGGAGAAUGCAAGAAACUUAAUGAAAAAUGUAAGUUGUUUUAUGAAAAGAAAAAAUUACAAAAUAAAUUAAUCAAUGAAUUAAAGGGAAGUUUGUCGAAUAAUAAUGAUUGUACAGCAAUGCUUAACAAAUAUUGCAUGCAAUCGACUGAUAAAAUAAAUGUGAAAACUUUUGCACAAGCAAGGAGAAUAAUAAUAUUAAUCAACUUAAAGAAUUAUGUGAAAAAUUAG